AUGACCGCGGCAGACAGCGACAAUGACGACGCCAAUGCCAGUCCUGCGACGACGACCACUACGACGACUUUGUCACUGGGUGGUGCUGCUGCUGCGAGUGCUGAUGGACUCGAUGCGAGCACGACCACUACUACGACUACUACGCAGUCGCUGGCUGCCGCAGUGCCGUCCAAGCCGCAGCCAGUCAACCGCCGCCGACGCCCGCCGCGACCCGUCCGCACGUCGACGACCGGUCUGCUGCUGCAGGACGCCAAUGCAGAGCUCCUGUCAUCCCCCUCAUCAUCAUCAUCAUCAUUAUCAUCAUUGUCACUGCAGCAGGACCAAGACCAAGACCAAGACCAAGACCAAGACCAAGAGCAGGACGUGAAUCUCAAUCCCAAUGCACUCUCAAGCAAAUCCAAUCUCAAUGCUACUACUGCUACUGCUACUGCUGCGACUGCUACUGCUGCUACUGCGCCUGCUGUGCUGGUUGCAACCAGACGGCCGCCCGCUGUGCCGGUCAAGAACGCGAGUGCCACCCCGACGCCGUUGAGCUCCGCUGCUGCUGCUGCUGCUGCUGCUGCUGCUACUACUUCGCCUGCGAUGGCCGGGUCGUCGUCGUCGGCGUCGUCGUCGUCGUCGUCGUCGGACGUGGCAGACCAAUUGGUGGUCAGCGCGAACAGUUCGAGCAGCCCGCCAUCGUCAUCGUCGUCGUCGUCGACGGCCGCACGCGCUGCUGCGCUGCAAGGCAAACUGAGCUUUCUGCAGCCCCCGUCGGCAAUGCACAGCUCGUUGUCCAGCUCCAGCUUGAACGCGAGUGCGAGCUCGGGUGGCGAUACCUCUGCCAAAGUAUCUCCAAGUGCGUCUGCAAGUACGACGGCGACGACGACGGCGUCCGCGACCAAACGGUCACCAGUCCCCCUUCCCGGUCGCUCUGGUGCUCCGGCUGCUAGUCCUAUUCCUAGUCCUGUUGCUACUCCUGCUGCUGCUCCUGCUGCUGCUGCUGCGAAGCUGGCAUCCGGCAACUCUCCCUCAACUUCCCCACGCCCUGCUCCGCCGCCGCGGAAACGACCGCAGCAACCGCCGCAGCCAGGCUCCUUCAUCCAGCUGGCUGGAGCUGAAGAGGGCUCGUCGGAGGUGGAGGUUCCGGAAGAAGUGACUGCCGCUGAAGCACCGUCCAAUCCAACGCCGCCGCUGACAAUCCCACGCACUUCGAGCCUGUCUGCUCCGUCGCGGCCGCCAAAACCAAAACCAGCGCCAGCUCGCGCUUCCAUGAUGCUGCAGUCGGACGACGUGAAGCGAAAGCUGAGUGACGACAUUGCCGCAAUUCUGAAUGCUGCGCAAAACGCCCGCCACUCCGUUGCGCCUUCCAACCCUGACGACGUCCUUUUGGCAUCUGGUCUUGGGGUGCAUGCCCUCACGCGCGUUGCCCCUGCGCCCGUUGCUGCCCACCGCCCAGCCGCUGCUCCUGCCGCGGCAAUCAAACGAAACAUUUCCAUUUCGACAAUGAAGAAAUCCAUGGGUCUUGGCAGUACCCGCAGCAAGCGGCCCGCGGCGAGACCAUCGGUUCAAAUAGUUGCUGGUAGUGGGCGCGCCGCCGGCAGCGAGCCUCCAGCGCCACUGACAUCGGCCUCAUCCGCUUCAAUCGUAUUUGGUGAAGAUGCCUCGCUUGAUGUUCGAGCAGAAGAUGUGUUCAACCCGGUCGCCGCUGCGGAAGAGUUUCCUGACUUUCCCGAAAUGUGCACCGACGCACGCUCCAAGAUUGUUUACGAAAUGUACACGACUUUCCGGAAAUGUGCGCCGACGCACGCUCCAACAAUUCUCUUCCUCAACCCUUUGCGUUCUGGCGAAGAAAGCGGAAUAUUGGAGGACAUUGAAAUCAACGGCAUCUUUUCCAAUAUUGAACGCAUCGCAGAGUUCAACUUUGACCUUCUCACGAUGAUUCGGGACCGCAUUGCCAACUGGUCGGAUCAGCAACAACUUGGAGAUUUGUUUUUGGAGCAGAUGCCGCACUUUGUCAUGUAUACGGUGUACUGCAACAACUAUGACAAUGCCACCAACUUGGUCGUGAAGUUGCAAAAGCGCAAGCGAGAGUUUGCCGCGAUCGCUCAGAAUCCUUUGUGCAACAAUCUGCCUCUGCUCUCGUACUUGAUCAUGCCGGUUCAGCGCAUUCCUCGUUACGUGCUCCUGCUGAAAGAUCUCGUCAAGAAGACCGACCCGUCUCAUCCCGAUGCCAAGGCGCUACAACUAGCGGUCGAAAAGAUGGAGCAGCAGGCCGACCAUGUCAACACUUCUCUUCGCGAAGCAGAAUCGCAACGCAAAAUGCUCGAUCUUCAAAAGACAGUGUCUGGUUUGAAGCAUGUCGAUGUUGCGGGUCGCACGCUCAUUCGCGAGGGCACCGUGAGCCUCAUGACAGCCAAUAGAAAGUACCAGUGUCUCCUUUUCAACGAUCUAGUCGUCUUUGCAUCGCGAUCCAAUGCCGCCAGCGGACGCCAAACUGCGGUGGAGAUGAUGCUGGGCUUGCAGACUAUUUGGUUUGAGGAUUUGUACGAUCUCGAUCCCCAAACGACCUUGGAUGACGCUUUUGAGGUUUACAAUCCUGAUCGUCCCUUCACCAUUUUCGCUGGCUCAAGUAACGAGAAGAAGCUCUGGCUCAAUGCCUUCCGUGACACAAUUGCUCGCUGCAUCUCUGCAGCUCCAACAAGCGAUCUAGGGGCACGCACGGCCAAAUUUACGCACAAGGAUGGUGGUGUGUACUCUGGAGAUUGGCUUGAUUCGAAGCGUCACGGGCGUGGAAAGUACACCUGGCCAAGCAAAACUUCGUACGAAGGCGAGUGGGUGGACAAUGAGCGUCAUGGGCAGGGCACGCUCAUUUACAGCACUGGAGAGACGUAUGUUGGCUCAUGGAGCCACAACCGCCAGUUUGGGCAUGGUACCUUGUCCCAAGUCAAUGGCGAUGUCUACGAGGGCGAGUUCCUGGACGGCCGCAAGCACGGCAAGGGCAAGAUCAUUUACGCGGACGGUGCCAUCUUCGAAGGGUUGUUUGAUAUGGACGAAGCCUGCGGUCUUGGAACGCUGACAUACCCGAACGGAACAACCUACUCUGGCGACUGGCAGGACUCGCGUCGCCACAACAAUGGCACGCUGACAACCUCUGAAGGCGAUUCAUACCGUGGCCAAUGGCGUUUAGACCGCAAGGACGGCGCAACGGAGAAGGCGAGCAAGUCUUUUUCUGACGGCUCCAUCUAUGUCGGACAAUGGCUUUUGAAUCGUCGCGAGGGCUCUGGCGUCGUACGUAAUGCCGAUGGAUCCAUCUAUGAAGGCCAGUGGCUUCGCGACAAUAGACAUGGAACGGGUACCUUGACUUAUCCUGACGGUUCCUUUUAUACUGGCUCUUGGAGUGACGAUCUGCCACAAGGCAAAGGAACGCACAAGUAUCGCUGCGGCUCCCAGUAUGAGGGCCAAUGGGCCAAAGGAGUGCCGGAGGGACGUGGCCGCAAGCAGUUUACAGACGGGAGCGUAUAUGAAGGCGCGUGGAAGAACGGCAAGCGGGAUGGUGAUGGCAAGUACGUUUGGACGGACGGCUCAGUCUACGACGGCCGCUGGAGCAACGACAAGCCGCAUGGUCGUGGCAUUUGGGCUGACCACUCUGGCAACCGCUACGACGGAGAAUGGAGUUCUGGUCGCCGAGAUGGACGUGGCGUGUUUACGUCGAGCGCUGGGCGCUACGAUGGUGCUUGGCGCAACGGCAUGAAACAUGGUGCAGGCGUGUUUACCACACUUGUUGGCACAAAGUUUGAAGGAAAAUGGGAGAAUGAUCGCCGCGCAGGUCGCGGGGUGCUCACAUUCGUUGCUGGGAACACUGAAGUUGUCAACUACAAUGACGGGCGCCUGGUCCAGUCGCAGCUUGCCCAACUCAGUGACUCGGUGGCUCCAGAGCUUCAUCAACUCGCUCGAUUGAACAUUGACGUCUAG